GACUCACUUCCUGGAUAACCACAGCUUUUCAUCAGUUCAGAACAGCGACUCCACAACGUCGCAGGGGGAGCCAAAAUGAGGUACAGGCUUGCAUAUCUUUGGGAAGGAACACAAAGCGUGACCCUUGAACGCAAGGACUUUACUAUGACAUAACACAACAAUCCUCAACUUUGUGUUUUUGUUUGUGAUUUUUUUGUUUGUGUGUAUUUGCAUACUGCUUUCUGUUUUAUUGUCUUGCACAUGAAUUAUAUGAUUUAAGUGACUUUUUUCAUAUGGAUGAAUCUUCCUCAUCUCUCUGGCAUAGCAACCCCUCAAUCCUGAGUUCUCCAGACCUCUAAAGCAAAUAAAAGUUUUUUCAUGGAUGUCUCUGCCAAGUCAAGCAAUUUUGACAUUGUUUCCGCAUUAAUACAAAUUUAAAGAGCACAUAUUAUGCAAUAUUCCACAGAUUUAUUAUGUUAAAGCCUCCUUGCAAGAGCAAGGUGUGUUCAUGUCUAAAUUGCAUUGUUUGUAUUUAAAUCUUUAUAUACUUUAGUUUGCCCCGAGUAGCUGAAUACAAAAAUCUGCACAUUUAUCUACACUAUGAUUUGUAACUAUAAUUUAAGCAUAUCAUUUAUUUCUAUUUUUUAUAUCAGUACAUUUUAAAUGCGUGUGAGAGAUUUGUUUAAUUCAAAAAAACAAAUUAACUGGAAAAAGUUAUUGCUGUACUUGGAUAUUUAGAAGUGCUGUCCGUUCUUUGUUUGAAGAUUGAUAAUGCUGACUGAAUCUGAAAGCGCACUUUUGCACAGAGUAAACUGACUUUGUGGACAGAUGGGAGUUUUCUACCUCAGAGUGACUUGCUGAGCAGGAAGACUCACCCAUCAGGUCUGCUUGUAAGAGUGAUGCGCUCACAAGAGGACAGGUCUCCACAGUCUUGUCUCCCAGUCAAAGUAAUCGUCGACUGAAGCUCUAGAGAGGACGAACGAUUCCGAGAAGAUAUCAGGGAUUGUGUCAAUAGAACUGACUUUCUCGUGCAAUCUGGAUUUCCUGAAAGAUUCCAAGGACACUUUUUAUUUAUUUUUUAUUUACUGUUUUGUUAAACAUUGAUCUGUGUCUGUAUCACUGUCAACAGGCUCGUUCUGCCUGCCGUGCCAGUAGUUGUAUGAACUCUGAGUAAACAUGCGUUCCCCAGACCCAGCCACUCCAUCCCCAGCAGAAGCCCUCCUUCAUGGCCAGUUCGGGGGCUGGGGGAACAGCAGCAACAGCACCAGCUGCCCUAACAGCCCUGGUGGUCCUGGGGGCCUGUCGCCCUCUCCAUCCCCCACGACGGCCUCCGCUUCGAGCUACGCCCUGACCCUUACCCACACCCACAUCCACGUCCAGCGCCUGGCCCCUAAGCCGGGCAAGGAGGCCCGCCUCCUGCUCCCCUUGUCAGAGCUGGCGGGGUGCAGCUGCCCCCGUUCCCCAGCGCCCCCCCUCCUGGUGCUGUACUGGUACCCCCCGGGGAGGCGGAGGAAAGGGGUGUCGCGGAGGCGUCAGGUGAGGGCCUACCUGGCUGAGAGCAGGGUGGAUGCAGAGAGGUGGUCGGCUGCCGUCCAGUGUCUCCUGAGAGGAGUGAAUGUCACCGCGGAUACGGAAUUCUCCAAAAGCCUGCUCCCCCGUCCACGACGGCUGCUGCUAUUGGUCAACCCUUUCAGUGGGCGGGGCCAGGCCAUGCAGUGGUGUCAGACACACAUCCUCCCCAUGAUCAGAGAAGCCAACAUCAGCUACAACCUGAUCCAGACAGAGCGGAGGAACCAUGCCAGGGAGCUCAUCAGAGAGGUCUCUCUUCCAGAGUGGGACGGCAUCAUCAUUGUCUCUGGAGAUGGACUGCUGCAUGAGGUGAUAAACGGUCUCAUGGAGCGUCCAGACUGGGAACAAGCAAUAAAGACUCCUGUGGGGAUUCUGCCCUGUGGCUCUGGAAACGCCCUGGCUGGAUCCAUCAACCACAACGCUGGCUAUGACAUGUGCCUUCGAGAGACGCUCCUCCUAAACUGCUGCUUCCUCCUCUGCCGAGGCGACAUUCAACCCAUGGACUUGGUCUCCGUGACGACGAGCCCUGUCCUCUCACAGAACGGCCGGCCGGCCCCUCCCAGACGGCUGUUCUCCUUCCUCUCUGUGGCCUGGGGCUUUGUGUCCGACGUGGACAUCGAGAGCGAGAGGUAUCGGGGUUUGGGUUCGGCACGGUUUACCCUGGGCACCCUGGUGCGCCUCGCCUCCCUGCGCUCCUACAAGGGCCGGCUGUCCUACCUGCCACCCUCCGUCAUCACCCCCUCCCCGGAUGCCACCCCGACGCCACCCCGUCGACCGCUGUCCCGCAGCAUCACCGAGGGCCUGGACGGAUUCUGCCGCACCCCCAUCCACCGCACCUGCUCCGACAUGGGCAUCAGCGAGCAGAGGAGCCUGCGGAGGGGCGACGGAGAGAGGGAGCGCGAGGCGGAGAGGCAGCAGGAGCGGGAGAGGAGGAGGGAGAGGGCACGGGGGGGAGGAACCGGCGUGGUGAGGGCGAGCAGUCUAGCGGAGGACCGGGAGAGGGAGAGGGAGGGCGAGGUCGGGAUGUACGCAGAGGAGGACAGGUCCGGGACGAGUUCCGAGUCGACCGAAAGGGACGAGUGCUGCAUGGGAACAGAGGAUGACUCAGAAGGGAAUAGGGAUGAUGAGGGAAGAGGGGGAGGGAGGGUGAAGAGGGAUCCAAGCGAGAUGGACGAGGAAGGGCCAGGGAAAGACGGAGGAGGCAGCGGGAGCUCUGGGGGGGGGAUGGUGGAGGCUAGAGAGCUGGGGGAGAACUACGGGGUGGAUGUAGGGAGAGAGGCAGAUGAAGAGGCUGAGGGCUGCUUCUCCUACCCAGACAACCUCCAGGAAACCAGGAAGAGCCUGAGGAAAAACUCUGCCCCCUCCAGCCAGAUAGCCAAUGCCCUGUUCAGCCAGCCGAUGAGUCAGGAAGCGGACCCACAGUGUGGGAUGUCAUACGAGCAAGAUGAGCUGGAUCUGAACGGGACGUUCUUCCAGAGAGACCCCUACCCCUUAGACGUGGCCCGCGAGCGAGCUCUCACCAUCUCCUCUCCCUUCCGACACUCGCCCUUCUCCUUCAAGCCCAAAACCCUGGACCAGAACCAGAACGCAUCUCGACCCAGACCCCUCUCCUUGCUCCAUCACCCACACUCCAACUCGCUACCCCCUAAACUCCCCUCGCUCUCUCUCUCCCUGUCCCCCACCCCUCCUUCCUCCCCCUCCUGUGCCUCCCCCCACUCCUCCUCCUACCUUGCCCCCCGUCCCAACACCCCCAACUCCACAUCUACCUCCCCCUCUCUCCGUAACCCAUCAUCAUCCUUCACCUUUGACCUAACCGAGCCGACAGGAGCCCUUAAGAACCGUCCCCCUGUCCUCCUCCCCUUCAACCCCCCUAGAGAUGACCUCCUGCCCCCCCUAGACCAGCCCCUCCCUACCCGAGACUGGGUCACCAUUGAGGGGGACUUUGUCCUCGUCCUGGCCAUCUACCAGACCCAUCUGGGGGCCGACCUCCACGCAGCCCCCCAGGCUAGCUUCGAUGACGGGCUCAUCCACCUGACGUUUGUGCGGGCGGGCAUCUCCAGAGCCACCCUGCUCAGGCUGUUCUUCGCCAUGGAGAGAGGCUCCCACCUGUCUCUGAGCUCUCCCUACGUGAGCCACGUCCCAGCCAGGGCCUUCAGGCUGCAGCCCCUGUCCUCCAGGGGGACUCUCACCGUGGAUGGGGAGCUGGUGCCCUACGGACCCCUACAAGCGCAGGUCCAUCCCUCCAUGGCUCGACUCAUCGUCGGGGACUCUGGAGUGAAGAUUACCAAAUUCUGAGCUACCAUUGGUCGUGCUGAUCAGCCGAUACGGCGCUCUCUCUCCAGAAUGACGUCAUCUCUAAAUCCAUCUACGUUCAGACGGAAAGAGUGAAAAAAAUCGGAGACUCGUAGCUGGAAUUGCAGAAGCUGUUUUUCCUGGGCUUUAGUGAAAGGGAUCACCUGUCAAGCUGCUUGUCGCGCAGGGCGCGCGUUGGACCAAUUAAUGGAGAAUUUAAAAACUGAUGCAAAUCGCACCUCAUUGCACAGCUGUUGGAUUAAACUCAGUUUACCCUGAGAGGCGUGAAAACAGCAACAGAAGUAUAAGUAUAAAAACUAAAACACAGGACCGCGUUGUCUGGGAGUGUGUUUCUGCUGACGGUGUACGAGUGAGAAGUAGAUGUUCUAGUAUGCAGGGACGCCUGACCUUGCCUUAUACAGUGAAGACACAGAGCUAAAAUGUUCUAGAAAACUUUCAGACAGCUACCUUUGUUCAAAUGAGGUAGAAUGCCCUCCCCGCCCCCACCCCUGCCUCCACCUCUGCCCCCACCUCCGCCCCCACCUCCACCUCCUUCAAUGAACAAACCUCCAUCCCUGGAAUGCCUUAUCCAGCAUUGGACUUAAAGUGCAACUGUUAGUGACUUUGCCCUUUCUUACGUAAAAACCUGAAUCUCUUAGUCAGCAUAUCUCCGUCCACGGAUUAUAAUAGGGACAAUCAAGGUUCACACACCUAGGGGGGAAAUAGGGACAGUCUGCUGUAGGAAACACCAAGGUUCACACACCUAGGGGGGCAAUAGGGACAGUCUGCUGUAGGAAACACCAAGGUUCACACACCUAGGGGGGCAAUAGGGACAGUCUGCUGUAGGAAACACCAAGGUUCACACACCUAGGGGCAAGUCUAUGAUGUUAGUCAGUACUUGUGUGUGUGUGUAUAUAUUAAGUUCAAGCUGGCAGAGGAUGUUAAUCUAUAGCAAACGUCACAGACUACUACAUAUAGACAUGCCAGUUAUGUUCAAAACUACGAAAAACACGGGUAUACCAGUGAUUGGAACAAUGGGACUGUUGAACAGUGACCAUCGUGGCAUAAAUAGCAUUUGCCUGUAUUUUUAUUUUCUUUGUGAAAGGAUGCAUGAGGACAAUGAUGCUCGCAAAAAGUGAUGUUGUAACACAGUGAACACAAGAUCGCCUGAGCAAAGCAAGUUUUGCAGUCAGUGGAUAUGAUGUUUGAACAUUUCUACGUCUUCUGACUUCACAUACGUACUACUUUAUGCUGGUUUCUUCUUUUCUAAAAGGUCACUUCCACACAAGUAAACUGCCUUGAAAAUAUAAUCAAUACUUUUUACCUUACCUUGAUUGUAACAAAUUCGGAAAACAUGUUUUAAUGGGUAUAUUUGUGGAUCAAAUGGGUAAUGUUCUGUUGCAGAGCAAAAUAUCAGAACAAGCUGUGUUUGGGAUUGGGUUUUAUCUUACAAGUCUGAACGUAAACACUAAAAAGAAACAGAUUAGGUAAUUUUACAAGCAAACAGGAACUUUCCACAUGCUUUAGAUAUAAUCAUAAAUGGACCACUUUAACAUGGAUCGUUGAUAACCUUUAAGUUGUGUGCAAUGUUGUGCCUCCUGUGACACAAAUGAAUUGGCUGUCCAAAUUGGAAUUGUGCUAAAUUGUGUUCCUACCUACCUAUAUAUUUACGGUCCAAAGAUUUUAAAUUGUAGUCAGAAAUUAAAUCAUAAUUAGCAUGUAUCAAUCAGUUCUUGUUCUUCCCUGUAGUCCUUUCAGUACCUGUGACACAGUGGUAUGGAUUUGCCAUAUCUUAUAAAGGCGAGAUCUUCAACCUGCUGAUUUUAGCUUAGUAACACCCAAGUUACACUAUCCAUUGUGGGCCAUAGAUGGUAGAAUUUACAAGCAGCCUUUAACAUAGCAGGCUAACAGAUUUAGGAAUAUACUGCAGAAUAUGUCAUGCAUCUUUCAACGUCCUAUGGGAAAAAGAAUGAAGAGCGAUGGUUAAACUAGGUAAUUAUGAUUCUGGACUGGCAUCAAUUAAAUACUAAAUGUUACAAAAAAUUAUUUUAUUAAAUGACUCUAUUUUAAGAGUAUGUAUGACAAUUGAAACCUGGUGGGCUGCUUGUUGUCUAUGGCCAGAGUUUGGACCACAAUGUUUUUGAGAAAUUUGAAAUGACAAUGUUGCGGUUUGACCCCUUAAUUGAUCAUGCCAGUUGGAAGCUUUGUCUAGUUUAUUCUGCCUGGAAUAUAAAUUGUAUUACUAAAAUUGACAUAUAUAAUAUACAUAUAAAUAUAUAUAAUAUACAUAUAAAUAUAUAUAAUGUACAGUUCAUAGUUAUAUUUGUUUUCCAAUGUUUUGUUUCCUUAAAAUAAUAAAUUUAACUUGGAAGGUU